AGAAAAAAGCACAUCACAAAAAUGGACCAAAACCAGCCCCAGGAUCAGGACCAGGACCAGGACCAGAACCAGGACACUGGCGGGUCCAGCAGCCGCAGGACGUCUGCACGUCUGCAGGUCCGUGUCCAGGAGGAAGCUGGAGGAAACUCAUACAAGCAGGAGGAGGACGAGGAAAUCCCACAUGGAGAGGCUCUUUUUUCUAGCGUGGCUGGCCACUACCAGGAGGAGGCUCCAUCAACCUCUGCAGCACAGAUUGACACAAAACAUGAAGAUGAAGAGAGGCCGUUAAGUUACUGCUGCGAACAGUGUGGGAAAGUCCUCAUCACCUUGACGUGUCUAGAGAUCCAUCUGAGGAAUCAUGUCCAAGAGAAGAUGUACAGAUGUGAUCAAUGUGGCGCAGCUUUUACCACAUCAGGGCAUCUAAGGACUCACAAACGUGUUCACGUUGAAGAUAAACCAUAUAGAUGUGAUCCAUGUGGGUCGGCUUUUAACAAACCGGGUAAUCUCAGGAGACACCAACAAAUCCACAUUGGAGAUAAACCAUAUAGAUGUGAUCAAUGUGGGGCUGCUUUUACCCAACAAAAUAACCUGAGAAGACACCAACGUAUUCACACUGGAGAUAAACCCUACGCGUGUGAUCAGUGUGGGGCCGCUUUCACCCAGCAAGAUCAUCUAAAGAAACACCAACAUAUUCACACUGGCCAUAAACCAUACAAAUGUGAACAGUGUGGGGCCGAUUUUACUGAAUCAGGUCAUUUAAAGGAACACCAACGUACUCACAGCGGCGAUAAACCAUACAGAUGUGAUCAAUGUGGGGCAGGUUUUACCACGUCGGGUACACUGAGGAGACACCAACGUAUUCACACUGGAGACAAACCGUACAGAUGUGCUCAAUGCGGAGCGGAUUUUACCAGAUCGGGAGAUCUAAGCGUGCACCAACGGCGCCACGCCGGACAGAAGCCGUACAGAUGCGAUCAGUGCGGAGCAGCUUUUACCAGAUCAGGUGAUCUGAAGGAACACCUGCGUACUCACAACGGAGAUAAACCAUACAGAUGUGAUCGGUGUGGAGUGGCUUUUACCCAACAAGGUAGCCUAAGGCGACACCAACGUACUCACGAUGGAGGGAAACCAUACAGAUGUGACGAGUGCGGGGUGACUUUUACCCAAAAGGGUAGUCUAAGUAGGCACCAACGUAUUCACGCUGAAGAUAAACCAUGUGAUCAGUGUGUGGAUUUUACUGAUGCAUUCAUAGUGAAAAGGAACUGAUUUAGUUAUAAUGGAAAGACAUUUUGAAUCUAACGAGAUCAACAGAUUCAAACAGGAUGAAAGCUGUAACCAGAUUUGUAGUUUUUAGCGUAACAAGCAGAG